CACAAGCACUCAAUCGUCUUUUCGCUGCAGCCUAGAAGUGUUGACGUACCCCCUCAGCCGCUGGUUGGAGUACCUUCACACUCUGGCAUUCGACAAGUAUUAGUAUUCGAGGUGAAUGGUCAACUGAUGCUCAUGCUACGCCCGCAGCACUUGCAACACUUCUUCACGCACAUGCAACUCCGCUAGACUUCCUAGGUCGCAUGGAAGAUGUUCAAUGGAACACUGGCUGACACGGCAAAGUUAGGCAUGUCGACCACUUCGGCAAGUUUGAGGUCAACUGCCACACUCGCCAGCAUAUAUGCUUCAGUCCGAGUCAGGUCUUUCGUUCCUGUCAGGUAGUUGAUGAUGCCGCGGACAGCUUUGCGUGUGGCCUCGUGCAAGUCUGAGUCAAUGCCCAGAGCAGCAUAGCAUCCGCGAUCUUCAAAGCCAGGUAUGAUUGCUGAAGGCGGAGAGAAAUAGUGAGGCGAUGUAACCCAGUCAUGGUUCUUGCGCACCGUGAAACGAAGAGUCGCGCGCAUUGGAGUUUCGAUGGCUGAUCCGCAGAUCUCGCCGUCACCCUGCGCCGAAUGACCGUCACCGCAGCUGAACAGCGCCCCUGGUGUCUGAACAGGUAAGUAAAGCUUCGAGCCGACUGUGAGGUGGCGGCAAUCGAUGUUUCCGCCAGUGUCGAGAGGAGGAAUGGUCGAAAAUUCACCGUCCGCACCGGGGGCCACUCCCAUUUCGCCCAGGAAUGGUCGCGUAGGAAUGCGAAUCCCUUCCUUGAACAGCGCAUAGGGUCUGUCCUCGAACUUGGACAACUCCCAUAUUUUGAGCUCCGCGUCCGGGAACUCAUCGGAAAGCAGACCGAAUUUGGGUACAAUGGCAGUCCAACCCCAGUCUGCGGUUUCCAAGUCUAAGACUUCGAUCUCCAACGCAUCGCCGGGCUCGGCUCCAUUGACAUAGAUAGGGCCAAAUACUGGAUCUGCUAAUUCGACCUUGAAGUUGUAGACAUCGGCAGACGUUGAGUUUUGGGUAAUUUGGCCACCACUUCCAUCGAUAGUGUCGAAGCUCACGGUCGCCCCAGAGUCGACAGUCAAUGCAGGUGGGACUGUCUUAGACCACUUGAGGUGGUUUUGUGUUCGGUUGAUGUGAAAAGAUGAUCCCAUGGUGGUAGCAGUGCUGUGGUUGAAUAGUUGUUGACCAGGCUGAGGACUGCUAUAUAUAAGAAUUUGUUGUAGUAUGUCUGAAAGAUUCUAUCUCCGGUGACGUCUACCAAGGAUUCGAGAACCAUAAGAGGACAGGAUGCAGAGUCAGAUACAGAGGAAGAAAUAAGAGCAGGAGACGGGAUUUCAAGGCACCCUGAAGAACAGUCAUCUGGAGGUCAUCCAUUUGUUUCUGUAUGGGGAUCGGCCCGUGGUGGCUGGCCGAAUUGGGCAGGUGAUAGAGCAACGGGCGAGUUAGUUAAGAACUACGCACGGACUACGCCUGGUAUAGGCAGGAGCUUAGGCAUGGGAGAUAACAUCCGGCCACUUGCAGCGCCUAAACCAUGGCUUCUAAGCGGUCCAAUCACUGCAAAGUAAAUUCUUCGGCCUGGAGUCUCGCACCAAAGCAUUUUGUUUUCCGUACUUGUUGUACGGAAUACUGUGUACUCAUACACUCGCCAGGACCUUCACACACCUCCUUAGGUUCUACAAUAACUACCUUUGUUUCACAGGUGCCGCACAUUGGGAACCCAAUUUCUCUUCCUUCCUUCCAGCCAGCCAGCCACUACGCUACGUCUGACUGGGCUUGUGUCGGAUACGACUCUGUUACAGCCAGCUUGAUCACAGGCGCGAGAUUCGUCAUCAGGAGUAAGACACGUUGGCGUUUUGACACGAUCACGUCCGCAUCGCUGUGCCUCUCCACCGUCUUGAAAUGUGGACAUUCCUCUUAGUACCUCUCGACGGUAGCUUGGGUGACGAUGGUCCAAUUUUGAUAACAGAUCUUGCGUAUCACGAACCUCUUACCAAAACCUCCACCGUACUGCAGGAGCAAACGCCAACAUGGCCCCCGUAACGUUUGAGUUAUUACUCAUAUGCAUGAGGUUUGCAUUGUGCAACGGCUGGUUCCGAAUGUACACUUUUGAUGAUUCCAUUGUAAGUUGCUAAUUGAACAGAUUCGUUUCUUGAAGCCGGCGGCAGUACCGGCGGAAUAUGUUUUGACUAAGCCUCACGACCUCACGGCCGACGGACGGACGAAGUGACCAUAUGCCAGGAUUCGCCGUGAUCGAAGGGUUAAGAGCUCACUUGAAGGCAAUGUAAGGCUUGUGGAAUCGGCACAAGAGCAUUCCAUAUGUAAGGUUCGGUUCGACCGACAGCAGCAUAGAAUUUCAAUGAUCGCAGCGUUAUCCUCAUCUCCAUCGGUCACAUACCACUUUUGCAGACGGCCCAUCAUGGAAAACUUUGGGGCAAAUUUGAUUCGAGCUACAGACUCGAACAACAGCGAAGACUUUGUCUCUCCAGAUGUUGUCGUUGCUGUUGUAGACUGCAAUGGGGUCAGAUGGACCAAGAGCUCCGGGGAUGUAGACGUUGACUCGGUUAUGUUCUUCGCUUCGCAAGGAAAAUUAUUCACGGUCGUUGCAGCAAUGCAGGCUGUUGAAAGAGGUCUGAUAGGCCUCGACGACGACGUUGCGGAACACCUACCCGAGCUGGCUGCGUUGCCUGUGCUCGACUCCCAAGACGAAAAUGGAGAGUGGAAGACAAGCCUGAGAAAGGCUAAAAUCAGUCUGCGGCAUCUUCUAACGCACACGAGCGGCGCAGGCUAUGAUAUGCCGUCGCCAGAACUCCGAGAAUGGAAGGCACAGACGGGCCUGAAGUCUUCGAUGCUUGAUGGAGAUUUUAAAAUCUUCGAAAGUCUACCUCUUCUUUUCGAGCCUGGGACAGGAUGGGCAUACGGAGGAGGGGUAGACUGGGCUGGCGAACUGGUCGCAAGGCUCAAUCACACCAAGCUUGAGUCCUAUUUGCAGAUGAAUGUCUGCCAACCACUUGGACUCACCUCGACCACAUUUCACCCGGAGAAUCUGCGAGACUGGCCGCAACGUCGUCACCAGUGCUAUCUACGAAUGGGCUCUAGCUCGAGCGUCGAGAAAAUUCCUAUCGAGGCGAACACCAAUCCAACACGAGAUUGCGGCGGCCAUGGCAUCUUCUCGACUCCGACCGAUUUCAUGAAGCUUUUGGUUGCACUCUUGAACGAUGGAGGUGCCAUACUGAGCAAGCAGUCGGUAGAAGAAAUACUCAGACCCCAAGGCGUACCUGGACAAUUCGCCGAGACAAUCUUGGGCGACCUGAAACCGCUCUUUGCACCUUCAUUGCUAGCUGGUAGCCGUAUGGAUCAUGGUCUGGGCGGAAUGGUCAAUCUCGCCGAUAUCCCGCAGGUGCGGAAAGCCGGAACAAUCCAGUGGUCGGGAGCCCCAAAUAUGAUAUGGUGGCUGGAUCGGACCUCUGGCAUUGCAGCCGCCAGCUUCAUGCAACUAUUUCCCCCGGGUGAUGCGAGGGCUGGAAUGUUCAACAUCGAAUUCGAAUCGGCAGUUUAUCGCGAAUUGAAUCAGGUACAAAUUGAGUCACUGGAGGAUUGGUCUUAUUAAAAGGCUCAGUGGCUAGCUAGGCGGUGCACGAAAUCCCACGAAUGCAAGAUAUCUGAAAUUUACCCAAAUGAAAGACAUGAUCAAGCACUCUGUUCUUCAAGUCAUAG